UCGUGAUUCUACCCCCAUUUCAUCGUGCUCCGAUAACGCAGUCCAUCUCGCUCGGCUGCUGUCCGUCCGUCCGUCCGUCUCUCCCGUUCCUCUCGGAUUAACCCUCGACGCCUCUGUUUACGUCCGCUAUAUCCUCUUGUGCCAUCUUCGAGACAGGGCGCGAGUGGCGUGGAAUUUUCGAAAACGAUAAAUCUCGGAACGGAAUCGAUCGCUCGGCCGCGCGCAAUCUCGCGGGAUCACUGCUGCUCGGGAUAUCAUCGCGCGGCGCUCUGCGAGACGUUCGCCAAAAUGGCGGGUACGGCGGCGUGCGCGAUCGGUCUCCCGCCGGUGUUGGAAUAAAAUUGGCGCGGCGGUGUUGGAUCUCCGGUUAGGAAAAAGGAAAGAAAAAAGAGAGAGAGAAAAAAAAAAAAAAGAAAAAAGAAAAAAAAAAAACGGUGGUGCUUUUCCCGGUGAGAUCCAGUCGUGUGUUUUGCCGAUCGUUAGGGUCCAUUGCGAGAGGAGAAGUGAUCCGCGAUGGUGGGUGGUGGUGAUUGCAAGGUCGCCACCGUGGAGGUGGAAGCAGCCGCUGCGGACAACACGGCGACGCUCCCCGUGACCAGACCCCUGAAUCCGCAAAACAACUCGUCGCCAAACGCGCAGGACAACGCCGAGAAGAACAACGCGGCGAACAAAGAGAUGGAGCUGAAGAACGUGCGCUCGACCCCAGCGAAAAAGACGUCGCUGUUCAUUAUCAUGAGUUUCAUCUACGCGAAGCUGCUGGUGGUUGUGUGCAUCGCUUACGUGAUAAGCGAGGUGGUCACGCACAAGCUGCCCCUCUACUACUACGAGGGAUUCUUCACGUACCUGUACGGUGUUAGCAUCUUAUUCCUCCUGUACGUGUUCUGCUUCUUGCUGCAAGAAAGCGCCUGCUGCUCGAGGGGCAGCGACACGCCACCCCCGCCUCCGAGACCGCCCAAACCGCCCAAGGAGCCCAAGGAGAAGAACAAGAAGAAGGAGAAGAAGGACAAGGAGCAGAAGUCGUCGAAAAACAAGAAGGAAUAUCAGGACGCGGCUGAUGUCGAGGCUGGGGUUGCCACUCGGGCACUGAGGAAGCGGAAAACUUCGCAGAACGACCAGAGCCAUGGAAGUUUUUUCCUGAGAAUCGGUGCCAUUGCUUUUGGCCUGGGUACAAUGGUCUACAACGGUUUGGAAUUCGGCACCUUCUUCGAGGUGCCACCCACAUCGCCGUGCUACCAGAUCCUCCAAGGCGUGAAUCCAGUUCUCCAAAUGAUUUUCACCUUCAUGCAGAUGUACUUCAUCUUCAUGAACUCGAGGCUCAACAUUCAUCGCUUCAAAGUGAUCGCUCGUUUCGGUCUGAUGCACGUGGUGGCCACCAAUCUCUGCGUCUGGAUCCGCACCCUGGUGUUGGAAAGCAUCAAGGAGAUCACGAAGCAUCACCAGAAAAUGGGCCAAUUCGAGGCGGGCAUUCUUGAGAGUAUCAAACAGCACUCGAUGAGGAACGCCGGUGCCAUAUUGGGAACGGCGCCCAGGGACGUGGCACUUUUGCGCGAGGCGCCAUUAACAGCGACGAGGUCGUCCACGGUUCCAACGUCGGUCGCGAGCACCAUAGCCGCCUCGUUCGGUCGAAUGAUGAAAACUACGGCGAGGGCGAUCGCGAGGGCCGUCACGACGCCGACCUCGACCACCACCACGGGCUGGAACCCGCCGACCUCGAUGACCACCUCCACCUCGACCCCUCAGCCCAGCUUGACCACGACCACUGCCAGCACUCUGACCACUUUUCUAACCGCCCUCACGCCGAAAACCACCACCGAGGAGAGGACCACCCCGACCACUCCCGCUACGACCACCACCUCCACUACCACCACCACCACCACCACCACCACCACCAUCACAAGCACCAACAUACCUUCCACCACCUUGUCGUACUUCGUCCAACUGUUCGACGCGCCCCAGGCGGACAACAAAGAAGAGAUCAACCAGAUACAUCAGAUCUUCGACCUGAACAAUCAAACGAACAGCAGCGAAUAUUGGAGCCCGAGUUUCGGCGCGUACGCGGAGGCGUUAACGGACGAGGAGAUGGCGUCGAAUUCGUGCGGCCGGGUGAAUAUCAUGGGUACGAUCGUACAGGACGCCGAGCCGUAUCUCUUCCCGUUCAUAAUCGAGUACAGUUUGAUCGGGGCGGCGGUGAUCUACGUGAUGUGGAAACACAUCGGGCGGCACCCUCGUUGGCCGCAUCAGGUGGAGGCCGAUCUCGAGCGGCGGCUCGAGGCCAUGCUGUCCCGAAGAGCGGUCGCGUUGGCUCACGCGGGUCACACAAGGGUGGACUGUGUAGGGGCGAGCAAAGGGCUGUUCUUCGGCCUGUUGCUGCUGGUCGGCUCGCUGAUCUGCCUGAUCCUGUUCUUCGUGCUGAUCCACCAUCCGGACUUCGGCCUGGUCGCCAUUUACCUCGCGGACGUGUCCCACUGCGUGCUAAUGGUCCUCUCGAUCGUGGCCAUUAUCGUGGGGUUCAUACGGGUGCAGAGCUUGAAGUUCAAGGCCGAGGAGCAAAGCGACCUGAACGACAUCCUCCUCCGCGUGUCGGGCUUCGGCCUGUUCGUCUACGCUGUGUUCAGCGUGAUCGCCGGCUCGUUGGCCGCGUUCACCCACGAACCUAACCUCCUCGUCAUGCUUACCGGCCUCCUCUCGGUGGCGCAGGUCAUCCUCCAGAUGCUGUUCAUUGCGGACGUGUCACGCAGAAGGGUCCACUUGCCGGAGCACGAUCGCAGCAAGCCCGGCAGGCAGGUGGUCACCUUCUUGCUCAUCUGCAACCUGACCAUGUGGGUGAUCUACACGUUCGAGUCGCAGAAAGUGAUGGCGAACCCGGUCCAGCUCGACUUCUACGGCUUCCUCGCAUGGGCCAUCGUGCAGAGGGUCACCCUUCCGCUCUGCAUCUUCCACAGGUUCCACAGCGCGGUCACGUUCGCGGAGAUAUGGAAGACGAGCUAUAAGGCGCGCCUCGAUUAGACGAGGGGAUCGUUGGUUGGGAUCAACGGAGCCCGUCGUGCGAUCGUCGUUCGCGAAUCGAGAAUCGAGAGAGAGGGGAGAGGCCGCUCGAUCGAUCCUCUCGAUCGUCUCCGUCUAAGGGACGAUCGGAGGAAGGGACGGGCAGGGAUGACUGGUGGCCGGGCUGGUCGAUCAAUCGGACAUAUCUCGGAGAAAUGUAUAUCGGAGGCAGGCUGCGGCCUCUCUCGAAAUCUCGAAAUGAUCGGCGAGGAUUGGGGAGGAUGCGCGACAGCGAAC